CGGGAGGGAGCGGACCGGGCCGCGCCGCCGGCGCCCGCACACUUGCCCGCCCGUCCGCCGCUCCCCGCCGCGCCCGCUCGCCCCGCCGCCCGUCCGCACUCCACCAUGCCCGCCGCGGCCGCACACUGCGACCAGUCAGGUCAUCCACGGUAGCCCGAGCCACCCGCCGCUUCGCCGGCGCGGGUCUGUGGAUUUGGGACCUGACAGCCACAGCCGCAGGCAUUCCUUUGAGAAACAAGCUGAAGUAAUGAGAAGACAUUAUGGAGGCCCAGUCCCACAGCUCCACGACCACUGAGAGAAAGAAAGCUGAGAAUGCCAUCGGGAAGUGCUCCACAAGGACAGAUGUCAGUGAGAAGGCCGUGGCCUCCAGUACCACUUCGAAUGAGGAUGAAAGUCCUGGACAGAUCUAUCACCGAGAAAGAAGAAACGCAAUCACGAUGCAGCCUCAGAAUGUGCAGGGUCUCAGCAAAAUCAGUGAGGAGCCCUCAACGUCCAGUGAUGAGAGGGCCUCAUUGAUCAAGAAGGAGAUCCAUGGAUCCCUGCCACAUCUGGCAGAGCCCUCACUCCCUUAUCGCGGGACUGUGUUUGCCAUGGACCCCCGGAAUGGUUACAUGGAGCCUCACUACCACCCUCCUCAUCUUUUCCCUGCCUUCCAUCCUCCUGUACCAAUUGAUGCCAGACAUCAUGAGGGCCGUUACCAUUAUGAUCCAUCUCCUAUUCCUCCAUUACAUGUGCCUUCUGCCUUAUCUAGUAGCCCGACGUAUCCAGACCUGCCCUUCAUUAGGAUCUCCCCACACCGUAACCCCACUGCAGCUUCAGAGUCCCCCUUCAGCCCCCCACACCCCUACAUCAACCCGUAUAUGGACUACAUCCGCUCCUUGCACAGCAGUCCGUCCCUCUCCAUGAUCUCAGCUGCCCGAGGGCUGAGCCCUACAGAUGCCCCCCAUGCUGGAGUCAGCCCUGCGGAAUACUAUCACCAGAUGGCUCUGCUGACAGGCCAGCGCAGCCCCUAUGCAGACAUCCUUCCCUCGGCUGCCACUGCUGGUGCAGGGGCCAUCCACAUGGAGUACCUUCAUGCCAUGGAUAGCACCAGAUUUCCUAGCCCCAGGCUGUCAGCUAGACCCAGCCGAAAACGCACACUGUCCAUCUCGCCAUUGUCAGAUCAUAGCUUUGACCUUCAGACCAUGAUAAGAACAUCUCCUAACUCCUUGGUCACAAUUCUCAAUAAUUCCCGUAGCAGCUCUUCAGCAAGUGGUUCCUACGGACACUUAUCGGCAAGUGCAAUCAGCCCUGCCUUGAGCUUCACCUACCCCUCUGCCCCUGUGUCUCUCCAUAUGCACCAGCAGAUCCUAAGCCGACAGCAAAGCUUAGGCUCAGCCUUUGGGCACAGCCCUCCACUCAUCCACCCUGCUCCAACAUUUCCGACACAGAGGCCUAUCCCUGGGAUCCCGACGGUUCUGAACCCUGUCCAGGUCAGCUCUGGCCCUUCUGAGUCCUCACAGAACAAGCCCACUAGUGAGUCUGCAGUGAGCAGCACCGGCGAUCCUAUGCAUAAUAAACGGUCUAAGAUCAAACCCGAUGAAGACCUCCCCAGCCCAGGGUCACGGGGACAGCAGGAACAGCCUGAAGGAACAACCCUAGUCAAGGAGGAAGGGGACAAAGAUGAAAGCAAGCAGGAGCCUGAAGUCAUCUACGAGACAAACUGCCACUGGGAAGGCUGUACGAGAGAGUUCGACACCCAGGAUCAGCUUGUGCAUCAUAUCAAUAAUGACCACAUUCACGGUGAAAAGAAGGAGUUUGUGUGUCGUUGGCUUGAUUGCUCAAGAGAGCAGAAACCCUUCAAAGCCCAGUACAUGUUGGUUGUGCACAUGAGAAGACAUACGGGCGAGAAGCCUCACAAGUGCACAUUUGAAGGUUGCACAAAAGCCUACUCGAGACUAGAAAACCUGAAAACGCACUUGAGAUCCCACACUGGAGAGAAGCCAUACGUCUGUGAGCACGAGGGCUGCAACAAGGCUUUCUCCAAUGCUUCAGAUCGGGCCAAGCACCAAAACAGAACGCAUUCCAAUGAGAAACCGUAUGUAUGCAAAAUCCCCGGCUGCACCAAGCGUUACACAGACCCCAGCUCUCUCCGGAAACAUGUGAAGACUGUACAUGGUCCCGAGGCUCAUGUCACCAAGAAGCAACGUGGAGACAUGCACCCUCGGCCUCCGCCACCGAGAGAUUCUGGCAGCCACUCACAGUCCCGGUCCCCCGGCCGGCCGACUCAGGGAGCCUUUGGUGAGCAGGAGUUGAGCAGCACUACCUCAAAGCGGGAAGAAUGCCUCCAGGUGAAGACGGUCAAGGCUGAGAAGCCCAUGACAUCUCAGCCAAGCCCUGGUGGUCAGUCUUCAUGCAGCAGCCAACAGUCCCCCGUCAGCACCUAUUCCAACAGUGGGCUCGAGCUUCCUCUGACGGAUGGAGGUAGUGUAGCCGACCUCGGCGCCAUUGAUGAGACCCCAAUCAUGGACUCGACCAUUUCCACGGCAACCACAGCCCUUGCUUUGCAAGCCAGGAGAAACCCGGCAGGGACCAAAUGGAUGGAGCACAUCAAACUUGAAAGGCUAAAACAAGUGAAUGGAAUGUUUCCAAAACUGAACCCUAUUCUACCUUCCAAAGCCCCUGCGGUGUCUCCUCUUAUAGGAAAUGGCACACAGUCCAAUAACAACUAUAGUUCGGGUGGGCCUGGGACCCUUCUCCCAAGCAGAAGUGACCUGUCUGGUGUAGACUUCACGGUGCUGAAUACACUCAACAGGAGGGACAGCAACACCAGCACCAUCAGCUCUGCCUACCUGAGCAGCCGCAGAUCCUCGGGCAUCUCCCCCUGCUUUUCCAGCCGCAGGUCUAGUGAGGCAUCACAGGCUGAAGGGCGACCCCAGAACGUGAGUGUGGCUGACUCUUACGACCCUAUCUCCACAGAUGCCUCACGGAGGUCCAGCGAGGCCAGCCAGGGUGAUGGACUGCCCAGUCUGCUCAGCCUCACGCCUGUGCAGCAGUACCGCCUCAAGGCCAAGUACGCUGCUGCCACUGGCGGUCCACCACCUACGCCCCUGCCCCACAUGGAAAGGCUGAGCCUGAAGACCAGGAUGGCCUUGCUUGGGGAAGGCAGGGACUCAGGGGUGACCCUGCCUCCAGUCCAUCCUCCUCGGAGGUGCAGUGAUGGAGGGGGCCACGCAUACAGCCGGCGUCACCUGCUGCCUCACGAUGCGCUAGCAAACAGUGUAAGGAGAGCCAGCGACCCUGUCAGGACAGUCUCCGAGAACAUGUCACUUCCCAGGGUUCAGCGCUUUAGCAGCCUCAACAGCUUUAAUCCUCCAAGUUUGCCUCCGUCGGUGGAAAAGCGUGGCUUAGUGCUGCAAAAUUAUACCCGGCCAGAGAGCAGCCAGCAGCCCCGGUACUUCCAAGCAUCUCCUUGUCCUCCCAGUAUCACAGAGAAUGUUGCCCUUGAGACCCUGACCAUGGAUGCUGAUGCCAACUUGAAUGAUGAAGAUUUCCUGCCAGAUGACGUGGUACAGUAUUUAAAUUCCCAGAACCAAGCAGGGUAUGGGCAACAAUUACAGAGUGCCAUCUCUGAAGAUAGCAAAGUAGCCCAUGGGCCAGAGGACUUGGACCUACCAGGGCUGCCGGACAGCCAUGUUGGCCAGCAGUACCCAGCUCUGGAGCAGCCCUGCUCUGAGGGCAGCAAAACCGAUUUGCCCAUCCAGUGGAAUGAGGUCAGUUCUGGAAGUUCCGACCUGUCGUCCUCUAAGCUGAAGUGUGGUCAGCGUCCUACCGUACAGCAGGCUCGAGCCUUCGGGUUAUACAACAAUAUGGUGGUCCACCCGCAGAAUCCAUGGAAGGUUGGGACUGGCCCAGCCGGGGGAUAUCAGACCCUCGGGGAGAACGGCAGUAGCUACAAUGGCCCAGAGCACUUUGUGAUCCAUGGUGGGGAUGGACCUGGCACCAAUGGAAAUGCUUUCCACGAACAGCCCUAUAAGACCCAGCAGUAUGGGAGCCAGCUCAGCAGGCAGCCACUGGCUUCUAGUGCUCUAGACGGUGCCUGUGGUGUGGGGAUUCAAGGGUCCAAGCUGAAAGGCAACACCUUGCAAGAGAAUGGGGGUCUGCUAGAUUUUGGUCUGUCCGCAGCACCAAAUGAAUUAGCUGGCAACACAGUGAAUGGCAUACAAACCCAAGAUCAGAUGGGACAGGGAUACAUCGCUCACCAGCUACUCAGCGGCAGCAUGCAACACCAGGGGACCAGCCGCCCCGGUCAGCAGAUCCUAGGGCAGGUCACUCCUACCUCACAUAUCAACAUCUAUCAAGGGACAGAGAGCUGCCUGCCAGGGACUCAGGACAACAGCAACCAGCCAUCGAGCAUGGCAGUUGUCAGGGGCUACCAGCCCUGUGCCAGCUAUGGGGGCAGCAGGCGCCAGGCAAUGCCGAGGGGCAGCCUCACCCUGCAACAAGGACAGCUCAGUGAUGUGAGUCAGACGAGCAGGGUGAGCAGCAUCAAGAUGGAGGCACAAGGGCAGGUCCAGCAGCUCUGUUCAAAUGUGCAGAAUUACUCUGGUCAGUUCUAUGACCAAACCGUGGGCUUCAGUCAGCAAGACAGGAAAGCUGCUUCCUUUUCCUUUUCAGAUGCCAACUGCCUGCUCCAGGGGACUGGCACUGAAAACUCGGAGUUACUUUCCCCAGGUGCUAACCAAGUGACAAGCACAGUUGACAGCUUUGACAGUCAUGACCUCGAAGGUGUGCAGAUCGAUUUUGAUGCCAUCAUAGACGAUGGGGACCAUACCAGCCUAAUGUCAGGGGCCUUGAGCCCAAGUAUCAUUCAGAACCUUUCCCACAGCUCCUCCCGUCUCACCACACCACGGGCAUCCCUCCCAUUCCCGUCUCUGUCCAUGGGUACCACCAACAUGGCUAUCGGGGAUAUGAGUUCUUUGCUGACCUCCCUAGCAGAAGAAAGCAAGUUCCUUGCAGUUAUGCAGUAGGCAAGGAGGACCGCAAGUAGAGGGUAAAACUGUAGAACUUGAACGACUUCAUUGGCUCUGUUUGGACCUUUUUUUGUUUUGUUUUUCUAAGUUCUAUAUGUAUUUUAGCAAU